AUGUCAACACAAGAAUUCCACAACGAACCAACAAAAUUAGAUGAAAUCCAUUUAAAAGAGACUCUCGCUCAUAACAAAGCUUUACACUUCACCUCAAGAUAUAUGUACUUGACCUUAUGGGGUGAUGAAAUUAGUAACCAAACACAAUUCAAGGAAGUAAUAGAUCGUAUUGCAGGUCCCACUAAUAACUUACAAUAUGCACACAUCUCGCCAGUAGAGAAAGACGAGAUAAAUCCACAUCCACACCAACACCUACUUAUAGUAACCAAAAGACCUCGUUCAUUCAAAGCUCGUCCAAUUAUUAAACACUCAGACGGAACACAACAAACGUUCUGGUAUUCACGUGUUAAUUCAUAUACAUCAAGGACGGGCGAUAUUUCCAACAUCAUCAAAUAUAUAACAAAAAAAGGACCAGGUAUGUAUAAAGGAGAUCCAACAUUAAAAGAAGACUUAAAACAGACCUGGAUAAACGCAUUAAACGAACUAGAUUCUUACCAAGAUUUUAACGAAUUAGAAAAAAAUUUAUUAGAUAUUAAUGCAGAGAAAUACAUCCAACAAGAAGGAAAAAUAAAAGCACGUUGGAUGAGAAAGAAUGCCAGACGCCUUGAUAUAGAGAAUUACACCAGAACAGAUUUACUUCCAUGGAGAGAAGACAUGGAAGAAAUACAGACAAUACGAAAGUGGUUAAAGUGUGCACAAGGAAACAAAUAUAGAAUGGGAAACUUGUUCAUAGUAGGUCCUACUAAAACAGGUAAGACUGAAUUCGCAAUACAAGAAAUAUUUUUAAAAUACAAUACUUUCAUGUUAAGAGGAGACUCUUUAUUCGACGCAUACGACGAUGAACAGAAUUACCGUUUUAUAUUAUUUGAUGAUAUAAACUAUGAUAAGAAUUUAUUAAGAUUAAUAAAAGCUAUUACAUCUACUAUAAACAAGAAAACGAUGGUAAAUGUAAAGUACUCCAAAGCCAUUGUAACCGCCCGUCCUUGUGUUCAUUUAUUAAAUCAAAAGGAAUACGAAGGAGUCGUAGACUUAAUGAAAUACAACGGUGGUUAUAAUUGGUGGAAAAGAAACUCACUCAAGGUAUUUAUAGACAAGAAAUUAUAUAAAGAUCCUGAAGAAUCUGAAAAAGAUUCAGAAGACAUGGAAAAACAAGAAGAAAACUACAAUGCCAUGGAAGACCUACAAGAAAAAUAUGAUAGUAUUAAAGAUAUUCCAGACGAACAAGAAUCAGAAGAAACCAAUCCAAUAGAACAUGUUUCAUUUUACAAAAGAGUAACCAAUUUAAUGGAAUCACUUGGUUACGACGAAGAGUUCUUAGAAGGAUUAACAGAAAAAUUAACAGAAGCAAAGAAAGAUAAAAAGAUGAAAAAAAUACUGAACGAAUCUCAAGAAGACAACACAAGCAUGAUAGAAGAGUGGAACGAAGACUUAGAAGAAUAUCAAACGGAUAAUCCACUUGGUAUGACAAAAGAAGAUUUUAACAACUUCGAAAAAGAAACGAUGUCACAAUAUGAAAAACAGAGAAGUAGUUACUUCAAUAACCGUUUAAGAGAUGACUAUAUGGAUGAAGAAGAUGAUGAUUACGAAGAAGAUGACGAUUUCAACGAUGAAAACGCUCUACCAGAACACAGACCAUUCGGAGGAAAAGACGGUGAUAUGGAUAUAAUUUAUGACUAA